UGCUUUCUCCAUGUGUACUCUCUAGUUGGCUCCGGCGCGUCCUGCCGAGUUUCUGGAGGUCUGCGACUUUAGUCUCCGACCCCUACGGCUGCCCCAUCCGUAGACUCCAGAGUCUCCCGGCAGGCGUCGCAGCCAUGGGUAAGAGCAAGACCAAGCGCUUCAGACGGCCCCCGUUCUCUCCCGCGGGUGAAUGUGAGGCAGCGGAGAACGAGGAGGCCAAACUGGACGACUCCCCGGCGGUGGAGCUCCUCGAGAAGCUGCAGCACCCGAGCGCCGAGGUCCGCGAGUGCGCCUGUGCGGGGCUAGCGCGGCUGGUGCAGCAGCAGCCCGCCAUCUCGGCCCUGACCCGCAGGGAUGCAGUCCGGCAGCUUGGGCCGCUACUGCUCGACCCCAGCCUGGCAGUGCGGGAGACGGCGGCCGGCGCGCUGCGAAAUCUCAGUGCUUGUGGAGGUUUUGAAGUUUGUGAUGACAUGGUUACUAAGGACAUCAUGACGCCACUUGUAGCGCUGUUAAAAGAGUGUAGUGCUGGAUUAGAUUCCAAUGAAGUCUCUUUGAAGAAAAACAAAGAGCCGAAUAAAAAUUAUAUUGAAGACAUAGCUAAUGAGGCUGUGAACGUGCUAUGGAAUAUAUGUGAAUGCAGUAGUAGAGCAGUAUCUAUAUUCAACAAAGAAGGGUGCUUGGAGAUUGUAUUAAAGUAUUUAAGUAGGUUUUCCACCAAUGUUGACCUGGCUAUUUCAGUAGCAUUUUGUUUACAAGCAGUGACAGAGGAUAACCCAGAGCUCUUAAAAUCUUUUAAUGCUCCAGCUCUGCAGGUGCUGGAAUCAGCAAUGUUAUCACCCAUCUCUUCUAUGGAAUACACUCUUCUGAAAACAUUAGUGGCAGGGACAGUAUGGAAUUUAAAGGAUAUUCUUCCAUCCAAGAGUCAAGCAGAUACCAUAAAUGCACUCCUGAAGAUUUUCUCUGAUGUUUUAGAAGUGGAUGUUGGUGAAGUGGUUAUUCAGAUGAAGGAAGCUGAAACUCAAAGAUUAAAUGCUGCUUCAGAGACUGAGACUGAGGAAACAGAGCAAAUGAAUGGUGAUACUUUGAAUGAAGAUGAUGAAAUGGAAGAAAUUUCCCACAAAAGAAAAGUCAGAAGAAAAUCUUUCAUUUCAGAUUUACUUCCACCAACUGAAAAGGAAUUGAAACAGACAGUAGCCUUACUCACAGCUCAGCAGAUUGCCCUAGAGAUUAUUGUCAACAUGUGCUGCAGUGAUGAUCCUUCUGAUGAUGAGUGGGAUGAGUUUUCUAGCAGUGAUGAAAGUGAUGCAUUUAUGGAUAAUUCCUUUAAUGAGCUCAGUGGACAGCUAAUGUCGCCACUCUGCCUUUCUUCUGAGGUUCAUGCUGCUCUUACAAACUGCCUCAUCCCCAAGAAGAUUUUUGAGAAAAUUACCUUUCCAAACAGCAUUGCAGUUGACAUCUGUUCCAGAAAUCCUACUUGGAAGCCAUUAAUUAGGAAGAUGAACACUAUACAGUGUAGAGCACUUGUGUGCCUCCAUAGUAUCUUAUCUGUUUUAGAUGUGGACUGUCUUGGAGGAGCCCCAGCACUUCAGACACUUGCACAGCACCUGUCACAGCUUGUUUUUUCUCAGCCAGAUUUUGCUAAACACACAGAAUUUCUGGAAGCUGUAAGUAGUGCGUUAAGGACUCUGUUGCAGAUAAUGGCCUCCAAGAAUAUUUCUCAGUGCAUGACUCCUGAGCAGCUGAUGUCAUUAUGUGAAGCUGGCAUUCAUAGCAGUAAUAUUGGUGUUAGAGUAAAUGUUGUCAGUAUUUUAGGAAUCACAGGCUGUGUCCUAGCCAAAGAAGAUGGUACAUUUGAAACACUAAAGACUAUUGGAAAAUUUCUUCUUGAAGUGGCCACCAAAGAUUCUUCUCUUGUAGUAGCUGGAGAAACUCUGGAUGCCAUCUUUGAUGUUUUUGCAGAUGGUAAAGAAGCUGAAAAGGCAGCAGUUGAGAUCAAAUUAUUAUCUGCCUUAAAAGAAUUCCAGCCAGUUUUCAAAAUGAAGCUUCGAAAAGAAGGAAGAGGAAAAUAUAGUACAGAUCAACUCUGUGUUCUUGACAAUGUGAAAAUGAACUUGAGAAGAUUUAUUGCUUAUCAGGAGACUGUAGAGAAAAGACUAACUUCUUGAAGUACCAGAGAACUGAUUCUUCUAAUUUGUUUUAAUUGACAGAGUAUUUACUAUUGUAAAACGUUACUUUCUCACCAAUGUCCCAUAUAUUUUAGAAUACAUGAAUUUUUUUUCAAUCUUGACAGUAUUUUAUUUUUCUCCAGUAACAUGUAAAGAUAGUUUUUGACAUUUGUUUUUAUAAGAUUUCAAGUUCCAAGUUUUUCUCCUUCCCCCCCUCCCCAAGAUGGCAAGCAAUCUGAUAUAGGUUAUAUAUAUACAAUCACAUUAAACAUAUUGCCGCAUUAGUCAUGUUGUGAAAGAAGAAUCAGGACAAAAGGAAGGGCCUCAAGAAAGCCUCAAGAAAAAG